AUGGCAGAAAAUCACAGAUCUCAGUACUACAGAACUACCACUUUUAUUUGGCUUAUGAAGCUGGUGGUCUGGGAAGCUGCUUCUGGACAAAUUCGCUAUAUGAUGCUUGAGGAGACUGAAAGAGGUUCUUUUGUGGGAAAUGUUGCAAAAGAUCUGGAGCUGGAUAUGGAUAAGUUAUCUAACAAUGGAGUCCAUGUCAUUUCCACAGGUAAGACUCAGUAUUUUGCUCUCAACAUGGAAAAUGGACAUUUAUACACUAGCCAAAAAAUUGACAGAGAAACGGUCUGCGGUCAGAUUUUGAAAUGCUUGCUGAAUUUUGAGAUUCUGGUUCAAGACAAAAUGAAAGUUUAUACCAUCGAAGUUGAAAUAAUAGAUAUUAAUGAUAAUACCCCGAGAUUCCAAAUGGAACAACUGACCUUUAGCAUCAGAGAAACCACAGCUCAAGGAUCAAGGUUUCUCCUCGCAGACGCACUGGACCCAGAUGUGGGGAUCAAUUCUGUUCAGAGAUAUGAAUUAACUUAUAAUAAAUAUUUCUCCUUGUAUGUACAAGCUGGAGAAAGUGGAAUUAAAAAUGCUGGUGUGGUACUUGAAAAUUCCUUGGACAGGGAAGAAAAGGCUUUUCAUAAUCUGGUCUUAACAGCCAUUGAUGGGGGAGACCCUGUCAGGUCUGGGAGCAUGCAAAUCCACGUUAUUGUUCUGGAUGCAAAUGACAAUGCCCCUGUUUUCACCCAACCCAUUUAUAAAGUUAAUGUAUUGGAAAAUGUUCCACUAGGUUUUGUUCUGACUACAGUGAAAGCUACAGACCUUGAUGAAGGAGUUAAUUCAGAAAUAACAUACACAUUUAGAACAAAAUCAGAGAAGAUUUCCCAAAUAUUCCGAUUAAAUUCACAAACAGGAGAAAUAUCAGUUCAAGGGAAUUUGGAUUUUGAAGAGCAGGAAUUUUUUGAAAUAGAUGUCCAAGCUCAGGACCCAGAAGGUUUGUCAUCUCUUGCUAAGGUGUUUAUAACAGUUUUGGAUGCAAACGACAAUGCUCCAGAAAUCACAGUUUCGUCAUUCUUCACCUCAGUGCCAGAAAAUUCACAGAGUGGGACUAUAAUUGCUCUAUUGCGUGUCAAGGACAAAGACUCUGGAGAAAAUGGGAAGGUCACAUGUUUCAUUCCUCCAAACUUUCCAUUUCAACUGCAAAAGUCUGUAGACAAUUAUUACACUUUGAUGACAGAUGGCAAUCUGGACAGAGAGGUUGUGGAGCAUUAUAAUUUGACAAUCACAGCAACAGACAGAGGGACACCUCUACUCUCUACA